AUGUUAGAUACAACAGGAGCGCACGUAGAUCUCAGCAGUUAUAGGCCUAUCAGUCUGACUUUGGUGUUUAGGAAGCUGUUAGAGCGAUAUCUGGCUGUGAAACUCCUUCAGACCAUGCCAGAGUUGGACAUAGCUCAGGGAGGAUUUCGUGCAAGUUGUGAAACCCUAGACCAGGCGCUUUGUUUACAUGAACUGAUAAGAAUGUAUUUUGUCCCUGACCCAAAGCAAGAGCAAGUGCUUAUCCCCUCAGUUGUUGUCUUCCUGGAUAUUAAAGCUGCAUAUGACAUAUUGAAAAAUGUGGUAUCCCGUGAUAUCUCCCCAAGGCAUGAUGUGUUGCAAGGGAGUAUUCUUUCACCCUUUCUUUAUUCAUUGUUUAUUGAUACUCUCUCUCAUUUUCUGCAAGGAGUCUCCACUUGCCCCCAACUUGUGCGCAUCCCCUCCCCAGAUUGUAAAAGGUCAUUGCCUAUGUCUUCUUUGCAACCUGACACAUUUGAUACCUGUGGUGAUCCAGACACUCGGAUGUUGGAUUUGUGA